CUGAGCAGCGACGGCGCACGCUGAUGAUGUACGUCAUGACGUAGUAAGGUGCGUCAUAUCUAGCUGCGUGGAGCGAACCAGGAAGUAGCUCAGUGCCGGAAAAUGUUUACGUUUAGUUUAACCUUCAUUCGCCAUGGAGAAACACAGUACAACAAGGACAAGCUAUUGCAAGGCCAAGGUGUGGACACCGAACUAUCAGACACAGGUGUGCAGCAGGCUGAAGCCGUUGGUCGUUACCUAGCAGACGUCCCAUUUAACCAGGUGUUCGCCAGUAACCUUCAGCGGGCCGUGCAGACAGCUACACUUAUCAUGGCUCACAACACUUGCUCACCUGGCGUGGAGAUGCAGCAGGAGCCUUUGCUAAGAGAAAGGGGUUUCGGGGUCGCCGAAGGUCGUCCCAAAGAGGACAUGAAGAACAUGGCCAACGCUGCCGGUCGGUCGUGCCAAGACUACACGCCUCCAGGAGGGGAGACUCUGGAGCAGGUAAAGCUUCGAUUCCAAAAAUUCCUGAAGCUUCUUUUUGCGAAGAUGCAGGAUGCGCAGGGCUGGGGGUCGCCCACAGCCGCAUCAGAGGACACUCCCGCCGGCUCGACGGAGGUGGGCACGGGGGAGUCAUUUGCCCACGUGCUGGUGGUUAGCCACGGCGCCUACAUCCGUGUGGCGAUGCGCCACUUCCUGGAUGAUCUGAAUUGCUCGCUGCCCGCCGCCUACAAGACGUCUCAGCUGCUGUCUCCGUGUCCAAACACGGGCAUCAGCCGCUUCGUUCUCACACUCCGUGCGUCCUCGUCCGGGCCCGUCCUACACGCCGCCCGCUGCAUUUUCGCCAACAGGAAGGACCACCUGGAAAUGCUCACGGCUGACGUCUAGCAUCGUCAGGAAGCGUUCCAGUUUCUCACAGGGUAAUAAUCAAUCAUCUAUUUAUUGAUCUGUCUCACUUUAUUGCAAUCAAUGCAACAUGACCUCAUCUCUUGCAGUAGUUUGCAUGUAGUAGUACACCACAGUGCUAAUAAUACAAUAAUGAUGAACAAUACUGCGUACAUAAAUAGAAAAAGGAAACAGACAAAAGGUCACUAUAAAACAUCUUUGGAUGUCUCACUCGUCUUUAUUAUCAUCAACAUAAAUAUUUUUUUCAUUUCUAAGUAAAAAUGAGCUGAUUCAUGGUGACAUAUUUGUACCGAUGUUUGUGUUCUUGUACUAACGAGCACAGACACAACAAAUACUCACUAGGUUUGGGCAUCGAUGAGAACCGGGGCUUACAUUCGGAUUUUCCCAGAGACGUCCACAUUUUUUAAAGUCGAUUCCUAUUUUCGAUGCUCAGUUUUCCGGACGGAAGAAAAAGAUGCCCCACACUGUUCAUGUCCAUAAACAAUGUGAAGCCGCUCUCCUAAGUCAAUAAUCCUCUAUCGCGGCAAAUAAACUGCAUUGCAUUUCUUACAAGUAGUAUUAUCACUGGAGGACUGUAAGACGAGGCUAGGACGAGCAAGAAGGAGCUAAUGGCUAAGCUAGCCGCUAAAGUAGCUUGAAUCAAGUGCUUAGUGUAAAGUUUUAAGAAGUGAAGAUAGAAGCGCGUCACAGCAGAAAGUAAGCAGAUAUUACCAGGAAAUGAUGAAGUACUUUAAUGAGUCAGAGAGAGCAUAAUAGAACAACUGUUGGUCUCCUCUGUUGCUGUUUAGCAGCCACUACCAGGCUUUACAUAAAGGGAAGAAGGGUUGAUCCAUAAAUCAGUAUAUGAUCGAUACUAGAGUGAUUAGAUCGAUAUUUUUAUUUUGUUGAAAUAAUUUUUUGUUGUUUACAAACUCUGGACUUAGAGCAAAAACCAAAAGGAUUUAAAAGAGGUAUUUGUAGUUUUUACUUUUGUUUAGUUAUUGUGUACUAUUAAAGAGGAACUGCACUUUCUUUUGGGACUUUUGCUUAUCAUUUACAAUCUAUGUCAAACAAUUCUAAGUCGUAAAAUUUGGCAAGCACCAGGUGGCUAACAAUGCAGCUAAUGGGAGUAUCAAUCAAUCAAUGUUUAUUUAUAUAGCCCUAAAUCACAAAAGUCUCAAAGGGCUGCACACAAUUACAACCAUAAAUCCCUCUAAAAAAAUACUCCAUUUACAUGUUUUGACCUGAAUAUACAAGUAUUAGCGAUAUUGUUAUUAUAAGUGCUAACGCAGACGGUCUAUUUUUAGCGGCGCAUUGAUCACAGAGAGCUACCUAGUUUGUGGUACUAUAUUGACAUACUGAGCUGGUUGAGCUGCUGUAUCGCCUCUGAUUGGUGAAAGUUAAUUCUAGAUUAUAAAUCAUGCCUCUCACCUGGAUGUUAGAAGGAUGUGGACAUAAACCGAGAAGUUGGUCAACUUUGACAUCCAGCUUAUACCCAGAGAUGGCGAGAAAGACACGAAAAGACGCUUGUUUGCGGCACCUUUUUUUUUUUUUUAAACCUACGUAAAGAUUAUGAUUAAUCAUUCAUCUAAAUGGGAAGAGAUAAACAUCCCAUGAGUCGGCAUCCCAGUAAGAGCAGACAUUGUACAGUAAGUGAUUGUUUGUAGUUUGUACAUCUUGUUUAGCACUUAGCAAUAUUGCGACAUGAAGCUUAGUGUUUGUUAAAAAGGAAAACCAAAUGUGAUGAGUCUAUGAAAUUAAUACGCCGCUGUAUGCUUAAAAUGAGCAAAAUAGGUAAAUAUGACAUGUUAUUAUGAAGUUGCCUGUUACUACAGUACAGUACGUGUGUAUAUAAAACGACGAUGGAGGCUUUUGGAUGUUUGUUUUUUGUUUAAAGCACUUUAUAGACUGAAGAGAGCGACUCCUAUUGGGUGCAUUGUUAGCUGACUUUUGCUAAAGUGUCUUUAUAAUUUAGAAUGCAUAAAACAGAAACACAUACAGUAUGUCCUACAUAAGGAUUGUGCUCGACAGGCAAACUUGCAAAAAAGUGAAGUUCCCCUUUAACUUUUGUUUUGCUCAAACAAUUUAAUGUGAUAAAAAAACCAAGGUUCUAUAGUUCAAAUGUUGUCUAGGACACAUAAUUAGGAUUUUUUUUUUGGUAUAGCCUGUGGUGGAGAGAUGGUCCUCGUCACAGGGACGUUGGAUGUCGUAAAUCAGGAAGUAUUUAAGCAUGAAGGAGGUAGGAGAAAGGAAGGAAGGGACUUGCCAUAAUUUGGUUGAUGGCCUUAUUGUACUGUACACUAACUGUAUAUAACACAUCUCCACAAUUACCCACAUCACACUUCAGGAGUAUUACUAGGAGUACUCACUAGUACCUACAUGGCAGGUACUACAAUACUGCUGUGUGUACAUGCAUCUGAAGAAUAGUCACUUGAACGCAGCAUGUUUCUUUUUUUUUACCUUUCUGAGUUUAUUUUUGCUCCAACACUCAUUCAUGAUAUACUGUAUGUAUAAAUAGCAUAAAUAAAGAAUGUAUUUAAAUAAAUAAAUACUCUUCAUUGA